AUCGGAUGUGACGUCGGGAGCAAGGAGGCCGCUGGCACCGAGGGGAGGGGUCAUGAAGAUGAAAAAUUCGCCGAUCGGGUUAAACGGUUUUGAGGAUUGAAUUUAAAAGCGAAGAAUAGAACAACAACAACAACAACAAAACACACAGAUUAGGACAGCAUCUGAAAAUGCCAGCUGAGAGAAAGCCAAUGCGAUAUGCACACCCGGAGGGGUAUACAGGUGUAUGUUUUGAUGAAACAGGAAGAUACAUUGUAACCAGUGGCAGUGAUGGUGACGUUAGAAUAUGGGAAAGUUUAGAUGAUGAUCCCAAAUCGAUCAAUGUGGGUGAUAAAGUCUACUCACUGGCUCUCCGGAAUGGAUUACUCGUUACCUGUGUUUCUAACAACAUUGUUCAAGUAAAUACUUUCCCUGAGGGUUCACCAGAUGGGAUUUUAACUCGCUUUACUGCUGAAGCAAACCAUGUUGUCUUCAAUGACAAUGCAACUAGUAUUGCUGCUGGUUCCAGUGACUUUAUGGUAAAGAUCAUUGACAUAAAGGAUAAUAGUCAACAGAAGACAAUUCGAGGUCAUGAUGGUCCAAUUCUCAGUGUUGCUUUUGAUCCAAAGGAUGUGUUUCUGGCUACCUCCAGUUGUGAUGGUUCAGUAUGUAUUUGGAAAAUUGAUGAUCAGACUCUUGUUUCAAGUUGGUCACUUUUAACUAAGUGCAAUGAAGUCAACCGUGCUCUGUCCAUGUGUAGACUCGAGUGGCAACCAAAGACCGGAAAGUUCUUGGCAGUUCCAGUGGAAAAAGUUGUAAAAUUAUAUGACAGAAAUUCCUGGGAAAAUGUUGCCGAUCUUUCGGACAACAGCAUUACGUUGCCAUUAAAUGUUGUAUCAUGGUCUCCAUGUGGUGAUUAUGUGGCUGCUGGGUCUAUUGAUGGAUUCAUGGCAGUGUGGCAUGUACAGACCAAGAAAUGCAUUGAAAGGAUGCGGCAUGAGAAGACUCAUCGUAUAUGUGCGAUGGCAUGGCACCCUACAAAAGGGAAUAUUGCAUAUACAGAUUCCGAAGGAAAUUUGGGAAUGUUUGAAAGGAUUUUGGCAGAUGUUGGCGGUGAAGGAUUGCCGUCACAAUCGACUACAAACACGCUGGAUGAUUUGUUUGACGAAGAACCUGGUGACUUGACAAAAAAAGAUUUGUAUUUGUCACAGCCAUCACCAAUAAGGCAUCCUUUCGCAGAUGAUGAUGAUGAUGAUGAUGACAAUGUGAUGGGGAUAAUCAACCGAUCUAGACAUCAUCGGACCAUUGAAGAUGAUAACUCUCAUGAUGCUGGAUCUUCCAUCCAUCUGGAUAAAGUGGCUGAUGAUGAUUAUGACGACCCUGCCAGUAUUGCACAAGCAGCACCAAUUUCUGUUGGAUACUCUGGACCAUUGCCAACACCAAAGCAAAAGCCUUUUCAGCCUUGUUCCACGCCCUCUCACCUCUCGCAUCGGUUCAUGGUAUGGAAUUCCAUUGGUAUUAUUCGUUGCUACAGUGAUGAUCAAGAUAAUGCUAUAGAUGUGGAAUUCCAUGACACCUCAGUACAUCAUGCAAUGCAUUUAACUAACGUUCUUAAUCACACCAUGGCUGAUUUAUCACAUGAAGCAAUACUAUUGGCCUGUGCAAAAUCCAGUGACCAUCCCAGCACACUGCAGUGUAUUCACUUCAACUCCAGGGACACAAAUAAAGAAUGGAUGGUGGAUAUGGCAGACGAUGAAAACAUUGAAGCGAUUUGUUUGGGCCAAGGUUGGACUGCUAUUUCAACAAGUGCUCUAAUUGUUCGUAUCUUCAGCAUUGGUGGCAUACAAAAGGAGCUCUUCAGUCUAAUGGGGCCUGUGGUCUCCAUGUCGGGACACGGGGAACAGCUAAUGAUCUCUUAUCACCGAGGCACUGGAUUUGAUGGUGAUCAGUGUCUCGGGGUGCAACUGAUAGAACUAGGAAAGAGAAAGCUGCAGGUUUUCCAAGGUGUUCCCCUUCCUCUAAGUAGGAAGUCAUAUCUGGCAUGGCAGGGCUUCUCUGCUGAAGGAACCCCAGUGUUCGCAGAUUCGAAUGGAAUAGUGCGAAUGUUGAACAGAUUGCUAGGAAACACCUGGAUUCCUGUUUCUAACACCAAGGACCAUUGCAAGGGCAAAUCCGAUUAUUAUUGGAUGAUCGGUAUCCACGAAAACCCCCAGCAGCUCAGAUGCAUUCCAUGCAAAGGAGCCAAGUUCCCACCAACACUGCCUCGUCCUACUGUGACAAUCCUACCACUGAUACUUCCUUAUUGUCAGAUGAGCUCAGAAAAGGGACAAAUGGAGGAGCAAUACUGGCGAUCUAUUCUAUUUCACAACCAUUUUGACUAUUUGACAGCAAAUAACUAUGAGUUUAACCAAGCUGCAGAAAAUAAAGUACUGAAGGAACAGCAGGAACUGUUGAUGAAAAUGUUUGCUUUAUCUUGCAAGGUAGAUCGUGAAUUCCGAUGUGAAGAGCUUUCGGAAUUUAUGACCCAGAAUGUCUUGAAUUUGGCUAUCAAGUAUGCUUCACGUUCAAAGCGUCUGACCCUUGCUCAGCGCCUUAGUGAGCUGGCGCAUGAGAAAGCUGCAACAUUGGCCGUACAAGAGGAAGAUACAGAACUAAAUACUGGUUACAGUAGAUCAGUUACUGGAUGGAAUUUGCCUAAUUUGCAACGUCCAGCUCAAAGCUGUGUGGAAAGUACAGGUGGAAGAAUUGAAGAUGUACAGAACGAUGCAGAAGAAGAUAGUAACAGUGGAAUCGAUCCUGAGGAAAGACUUCAUGCAAAGAGAAGAUUAAAUCCAUUUAGUAAAGAACUUGAUACAACAGAAAAAAAUACUCCAAAAUCAGUAGCUAUUUCGAGCAAUAUUCUUGCACAUGGCAAUCCCUUUAAGGUGACAUCUGGUGAUAUAUCCCUUGGAUUACCUGGAGCUCAAACUCGUAGUAGCAACAUUCUAGACAGCAUGGUGAAAUCCAAUAAGAGAUUGACAAGUAACAACACUCAAACUGCAAAUAAGGACAAAUCGCUGGUCCUGAAGCCUCUGCAAUCAAAGCCAAAGGCGAAAAAGACCCAAGCUACACUCUUCCAAUCAACCAUCCCCAAGUCCAGCAGUACAAUUUCAGACGGUAAAUGUAUCGAGGACAAGCCUGCACAAACAGUUAUCCCAGACAACAAAGCUACAGACAACAAAAAGUCAAAGAAGACUGGUUUCCAACUCUGGUUGGAGGAAAGCCGAGAUGAUAUUAUUGCUGAGAGCCCAGAUUUGACCGAAGAAGAAAUAAUUAAGGAAGGAAUGAACCGAUUCCGCAUUCUGUCAGUUGAGGACAGAAAGACCUGGACAGAGAGAGCUAAAGGUGCAACCAAUACCAUGCCUGCUGCGGAAGAUAAAAAACGCAAGCGUACAGAAGACCUGGGUGUGGAUGAGCUGGAAGACAAAAAGGAAAAUUCGGAAGCAACUGAAGUUGUAGCCAAAAAGCAGAAACCAGGAGACCUAUCUACUAAUUCAAGAUUGUCCGCCUUUGCUUUCAAAAAAGACUGACAAAGCUGCAAAUUGUUUCAAUUUGAACUGAACCUUAUGGAAUAUUAUUUUUACAUGACACAUUAAAAGAUCGUAUUAAAACAGUUUGGCCAAGA